CACAGCUCUUUCAUUUUGAACCUGAAACCUCGACUGGUGUCUCUUCUCUCACCGCCAAGUUCCAUCCAGCCGGGGGCCCCGGCAAAAACCCGCAAGGCCUCCACCGAUCGGGACCUGGCUAAAGUCUAAGAGUCCACGUGAAGGCCAACGGACGUGUUUCCUUCUUUAGACCAUGUGUCUAACAAAGUAGAGAGCAAGGGACCCAUCAAUAUUGGUUCUGUUUAAGGUGUGCAAAAUGAAGAAACAGAGCUAAAGAUGGGAUCUGUGACGUCAUACUUUGAUCAGCUGUGUGGUCAGCAGCAGAAAAAGGAGGAACAGAGACUCUUGCAAGCCAAUGACAGACCUUUCAACCUUUCCUACCACUAUGCAAAUAACGCCAUCAAGACGUCCAAAUACAACAUCUUCACCUUCUUGCCACUCAACCUCUUUGAGCAGUUCAGGAGGCUCGCCAACGGCUAUUUCCUCUUCCUGUUUGUACUUCAGCUCAUCCCGCAAAUCGCUUCGCUUUCCUGGUUCACCACAGCCGUCCCUCUUCUUUUGGUCCUCUCCAUAACGGCGGUCAAAGAUGCUGCUGAUGACAUCAACAGACACAAAAGUGACAAACAGGUGAAUAACCGCAAAGUGAACGUCCUCAUCGACGGACAACUUCAGAGUGAAAAAUGGAUGAAUGUUCAAGUUGGAGACGUCAUUAAACUAGAAAAUAAUCAGUUUGUCACAGCAGACCUUCUUUUGCUCUCCAGCAGCGAGCCUCUCAAUCUGGUCUACGUUGAAACAGCAGAAUUAGACGGUGAAACCAACCUGAAAGUGAAACAGGCUCUGACUGUCACUGGAGAGCUGGGAGGAAGCGUUGAAGCACUGGCCAACUUCAACGGUGAAGUAAGAUGUGAACCUCCAAACAACCGUCUAGACAAAUUUAAAGGCACACUAACAGUGGAUGGACAAAUGUACUCUUUGGACAACGACAAAGUUCUUCUACGAGGAUGCACUCUGAGGAACACAGAUUGGUGCUUUGGACUGGUUAUCUUUGGAGGUCCGGACACCAAACUGAUGCAAAACAGCGGAAAGACGACAUUUAAACGGACCAGCAUUGAUCACCUGAUGAACGUCUUGGUGCUUUGUAUAUUUGGCUUCCUGGCAUCAAUGUGCUCCGUUCUGACCAUUGGCAACGCAAUCUGGGAGAUUAUGGAGGGCUCGGCGUUCACCGUAUUCCUCCCUCGAGAACACGGCGUCGACGCCCCUCUCUCGUCAUUUCUCACCUUCUGGUCCUACGUCAUCGUCCUCAACACCGUGGUGCCUAUAUCCCUCUAUGUCAGCGUGGAGAUUAUCCGUCUGGGGAAUAGUUUCUACAUCGACUGGGACAGGAAGAUGUAUUACCCCAAGUGUGACACUCCCGCCCAGGCCAGGACCACCACUCUGAACGAGGAGCUGGGUCAGAUCAAGUACAUCUUCAGUGACAAGACGGGCACGCUGACGCAGAACAUCAUGACCUUCAAUAAGUGCUCCAUCAACGGCAACAAUUAUGGUGAACUGUUUGACUUUUCCGGACAAAGGAUGGAAAUAACAGAGAAAACACCAAGGGUGGACUUCUCGUGGAACCAGCUGGCCGAUCCAAAGUUAAUUUUCCACGACCACAGUCUGGUAGAAACUAUUAAGGAGGGCAACAUGGAGGCUCAAGCCUUCUUCCGUAUACUGGCUCUGUGCCACACUGUGAUGCCUGAGGAAAAGAAAGAGGGGGAGCUCCACUAUCAGGCUCAGUCCCCCGAUGAGGGCGCUCUGGUCACCGCCGCGAGAAACUUUGGAUUUGUGUUCCGCUCACGCACACCGGAGACCAUCACGGUCAUAGAGAUGGGCAGACAGGUCACAUAUGACCUUUUGGCUGUGUUGGACUUCAAUAAUGUGCGCAAGAGGAUGUCCGUCAUAGUGCGCGACCCCGAGGGGAAGCUGACUCUGUACUGCAAAGGAGCAGACACCAUCAUCUUUGAGAGGCUGCACUCCUCCUGCAACAAAGUGAUGGACAUCACCACCAGACACCUCAACGAGUACGCAGGCGACGGGCUGCGGACGCUCGCCCUCGCCUACAAAGAUUUAGACGAGCACUACACGAAGGAGUGGAUGCAGCGCAACUACGAGGCCAGCACCGCCAUUGAUGGAAGAGAGGAGAAACUUGAUCAACUGUAUGAAGAGAUCGAAAAGGACUUGUUGCUUCUGGGAGCAACGGCUGUCGAAGACAAGUUGCAGGAUGGAGUCCCACAGACCAUAGAGCAGCUGGCUAAGGCUGACAUCAAAAUGUGGGUGUUGACCGGAGAUAAACAAGAGACGGCCGAGAACAUCGGCUACUCCUGCAACAUGCUGCGAGAGGAAAUGAAGGACGUGUUUGUGGUGUCUGCAAAUACAUCAGAAGGAGUCAAACGAGAGCUACAGAGUGCCAGAAGGAAAAUGUGUCCCACGGCGGCCGAGGAACCGAAGGUGACCAAAGCUCGUGCAGGCCUCUUCUGGCUUCAGAAGACAGAAAUUGUGCAUGAUGACAACGUGGACGGAGAAUAUGCUCUUGUUAUAAAUGGACACAGUCUGGCCUUCGCUUUGGAGAAAGACUUGGAGCUGGAACUGUUGAGGACAGCAUGCAUGUGCCAAACAGUGAUUUGCUGCAGGGUCACGCCCCUACAGAAAGCCCAGGUGGUGGAACUGGUGAAGAAAUAUAAACAGGCAGUGACUUUGGCCAUUGGGGACGGGGCCAACGAUGUCAGCAUGAUCAAAGCUGCACAUAUCGGUGUUGGCAUCAGCGGCCAGGAGGGCAUGCAGGCUGUCCUGUCCAGCGAUUACUCCUUCGCCCAGUUCCGGUACCUGCAGCGCCUCCUGCUGGUGCACGGGCGCUGGUCCUACCUGCGCAUGUGCAAGUUUCUCCAGUAUUUCUUUUACAAGAACUUCACCUUCACCUUCGUGCAUUUCUGGUAUGCAUUCUUCUGCGGGUUCUCGGCACAGACUGUGUACGAUGAGUGGUUCAUCACCAUGUACAACCUGGUGUACACAGCUCUCCCAGUCCUCGGCAUGAGUCUCUUUGACCAGGACGUGAAUGACCGCUGGAGUUUCCAGCAUCCUCAGCUUUACUCGCCGGGGCCUCUGAACAUUUACUUCAACAAGAAGUCUUUCAUCCGUUGCAUGGUCCACAGCUGCUACAGCUCCCUCAUCCUCUUCUUCAUCCCCUGGGCGGCCAUGCAGGGCACGGUGCGAGAUGACGGCAAAGACAUCGCCGACUACCAGUCCUUCGCUUUGCUGGCGCAGACGUGUCUGCUUGUGGCGGUCGACAUCCAGUUGUGUCUAGACACCUACUACUGGACAGCUGUGAACCAGUUCUUUGUGUGGGGCAGCCUGGCAGUCUACUUCGCCACCACCUUCACCAUGCACAGCAACGGCAUGUUCCUCAUCUUCACCUCUGCGUUCCCCUUCAUCGGUACGGCAAGAAACUCUCUGAGCCAGCCUAACGUGUGGUUGACCAUAUUGUUGACAACCCUCCUGUGCAGUCUGCCCGUCAUUGCUUUCCGUUUCAUUGUCAUCCAGCUGAGACCCACCAUCAAUGAUAAGGUGAGACAUAAGUUACGUAAGGAGGCCCUGCCUGCUCCGGCUCCUCGCCGUCCUCCCACCAGGAGAAUCAGCACCCGGCGCUCGGGCUACGCCUUCUCCCACGCUCAGGGCUACGGAGACCUGGUGACGUCUCGGAGGUUCCUCCUCAAACGUCCCCUGAAGGCUCGGACCGCUUUGUUCCAACACACCGAGUCGCCUCUGGCUCAGAACCAGCCUCAACAUUACCGCAGCAUCCCGGAGGAGCCGACACAGCCACGCUUCCAUGAGUGACGUCAACUUCUUUGUCGUCUCCGUGGGACGAAGAUGUGUUGCUUCUGGGUUUUUAUUUCACUGUCAAGUUUAAAUGCACUUUCAGGGAGUUCAUGCUUGCUUGUCCAAUCAAAACAGAUUAUUGUUCUUUUGUAAAAGUUAUCCGUUUUUCUAGUGUAUCUCGUUAGAUUGUUUUGGUGUACCCAAUGUUCAAGGACAAAACCCCAAAAGCAGUGAAGUUGUCACGUUGUG